UCUCAAGUCAAUUCACCGCCUCGCCGACAGCCAUGCCGAAGGACGAGGCGCUGGCCGUGGAGCCGGCGAGAGAUGACGAGCUGCACGAGCUGCAGCAGCACCUGCAGCUCGAGGCGUUCGGCGGCAAGUACCUGACGGCGCAGGAGAUCCUGCUGCAGCAGCUGUUCCAGAGCGUGGCGGACGCGGCGGACGCGCAGGCCUCGGAGCUGAGCGUGUUGGCCCCUGCCGGCACCGGCGCGUCCCCCAAGGUGGCAAGCGCCGCAACACUGAGCCGCAAGAGCUCGCUGGGUGCCAUGGGGAAAGGAGGCGGCGCCACGCCCCCGUCCGCGACGACGCCCAAGCGCCAGGUCUCGUCGGACAGAGCCCGAGUGCAGAGCUUCCUGGCGCAGCGCUCGUCGGCCGGUAGUGCUGCUGCUGCCGGCACUGGGGCUGCCGGUGCCGGUACCAAGCCGGCCAUGUCGGCAGUGGAGAGGGCCAAGCUGCUCAUGGCCAAGAAGGCGGGAGGACCCAGAGCUGCCGGCAGCGCCACGGCCGUCAAGCGGACCAACCCGUUGACGGACAUCUUGAGGGGCGGCUCCGGCAGCGUCGUGGGCGGCGUGCACAGCGUCAAGAAGCCCCGGACCGCCAGGAGCGACAAGCCGGGCGAGAUCAAGAUCCAGGGAGGGCGCACAUCCAUCCAGCUGCCGCUCGAGAGCUUCCUCCGCAGCGAGGACUGGGACUCGGCCACCGGCACGCCGCUGGACCUCGUGCUGCCGGAAGUGGCCUUUGCCACAAAUAACACGCUGAUCAUCCACGCCACGCUGCCGCCCAGGUCGUCUCGCUGCUGCUUCAACGUCAGCACGCAGUCCAGCAUGCUCAGCGGCGCGCCGUACCCCGGAACGGUGCUGUACCACUUCAACCCGCGACGUCAGAGGGGAGGACACAUUAUCCAGAACAGCAACAUUGACGGACGCUGGGGCUGCUCGCAGCCGCUGCCUCGGUUCCCCUUGGCAUUCGGAGAGCCGUUCACGCUGCGACUAACGGUUGUACCGACCGGCUUCCUCGUGUUCAUUGAGGAGAUCUUCCAGGACGAGUUCAAGCACCGCGUCCCGAUCCGCGAAGGAGAAAACCUGGUACUCACGGUCCCCACUCGUGACGAGAACGGCAACCCGGAGGGAGUUAUUGUGCACAGUGUGUGGUGGGGUCACGCCGAGGUGCCGCCGAAUCUGGACACCCGUCGGCGGGGCAGCAACGGAGGGUACCGACCGCGCGGAUUCGACGGAGACCGUGGUGGCUAUCGUGGUGGGAAUGGUGGACGAGGUGGCUUCCACCCCGCUCCUCACCCGUACGAGGUGUACGUGGGCAACCUCCCGCAGGGCACCUCGCGCGAAGAGCUGUCGUUCCUGUUCCAGUACCUGGGGUACGAAACGGUGCGCAUCACAGCUCGCGGCUUUGGUUUCGUGACGCUACGAAGUGCGGAGGACAUGAACCGAGCGGUGGAGGAUCUGGACGGCAAGGAGUUUAACGGGAUGAAGCUGCGCGUGUCCUGUGCUCUGCCUCCGAAGUGA